UGGCUUUCUGGCUAAAAUUAGCUUGGAACCAGAAGAAAGGGGCGUGCACAUUCAUGGCUUUCCUCACAGACAGCAUGCCGUCACGUCCGCAUCGCUCGCUCCAUCCUAAGUUAAUCCACCCAACUCUCUUCAAAUUCUGCCCCCACCAACGUUGUCUCUCUCACCUACCAAUUCUGCAGUUGUUUCUCUGUCAAACCCAAGAGAAAACAUCUGCACAAAAUUUCUCUGCGUCCCCUAAAACUUAGAGCGAAACCGGGAAGAUGGCACGUCAACUUGUCGUCCUCGCCCUAGUGCUCGCCGCCGUCCUCGGCUUGGCAUCCGCCCAGGCACCAGCCAGCUCGCCGGCCGCAUUCUCCGCCGGCGCCGGCGCGGCGUCAUCCCCCGUCGAUGACAACACGAUCGGAGCCAUCGACGAUGCUCCCGUCACCGGAGAAGAUGCCGUCGAGGCCCCAGUAGGCGGGCCCGUCCCGGAAGGAGCUUUCCCGCCCACCCUAGACGGGCCGGCCCAAGCACCUUCCGCCGGAAGCGGCGCCGUUGCCAAGGUGUCCGCCGUCGCAGCGGUUGCAGCUGUCGCUGGGUACUUCUUUUAAGCGACGAAUUACGAUAGCUUCAUUAAGGAUGUCAAAAGAAUAUGGUACCUCGUUCAUCACAUAAAAGAUUAAAGAAUGGUGCCCUCUUCUAAGA